AUGAUUCAAUUCUUCAAAUCCCCCUUCCUCCAGUUUGAGUUUUUGCGGCUGCUCGCCAUGACGCCCUUUGAGGGCGGCGAGAUUGCAGAAAUUCUGGACACAGCCAGCAAGAUCAAAGACCAGGACCCCAACAGCUGGUAUUCGGCUUGGCUCGAGGUUGGCACCAAGGCAGAGCAGAUUGCUCACGAAGCAGAAGCUACCGGUGACAAGAUUUCCGCACGAAGAGCGUAUCUCAGAGCCUCCAAUUACCUGCGGGCGGCACAGUUUAUGCUCAACGAGGGCGCCAUCGGACACGACAAGCGGGUGCUGCCCACGAUUGAGCGAGCCAUCAACGACUUCCGCAAGGGCGUGAAAUAUCUCGACGGCCAAGUUCACUUCCUCGACAUUCCCUAUGAGGAUAAGGUUAAGCUGCCUGGCUAUUUGUACCUACCUGCCGAGUCGAAACGGCUGCCCAACGGACAAAAGACGCCCAUCCUUAUCAACACUGGGGGUGGUGAUUCAACACAGGAGGAAAUAUAUUUCAUCAAUGCGUCAACCGGGCCAAGCCUGGGAUAUGCCGUGCUUACGUUUGACGGCCCAGGCCAAGGCAUCGUUCUCCGCCGAGACAAACUACCCAUGCGGCCGGACUGGGAAGUCGUCGUCGGGCGUGUGUUGGACCAUCUGUGGCAGUUUGCCAAAGACCACCCUGAAGCAAACCUCGACCUAGACCACAUUGGAAUCACUGGCGCGUCAAUGGGUGGCUACUAUGCUCUGCGCGGGGCCGUGGACCCUCGAAUCCAUGCCUGCAUCAGCGUCGACGGUUUCUAUUCUAUGGAAAGCUUUGCUCAGGGCCGCAUGCCGGGGUGGCUGUGGUCCCUGUUCAGCGGUGGAUACGUGAGCAACGGGGUGUUCGAUCGUAUCAUCGGUCUCAUAUCCGGCUGGACGUUUCAGACUCGAUGGGAGUUCCAGCACAUGAGAUGGGCCAUGGGGCGCAACAGCGAUGCGGAGGUCAUCAAGCGCAUGCUCGACUAUACUCUGAAGAACAAGGACGGCAGCGAGCUCCUGCACUCGGUCAAGUGUCCAGUGCUUGUGACAGGUGCUGGCUCCUCAUUCUACUUUGACCCCGAGACGACGACUCGCAAGGUGCUGAAGACGCUGGUCCAUUUGCCCGAGGAUCAAAAGGAAGAAUGGAUCGCGAAAGAUGUUGUAUUUGGUGGGCUGCAGGCCAAGAUUGGGGCAUUUGCUUAUUCCAUGCAGCGGACGUUUGCGUACCUGGAUGAGAAGUUUGGUGUGAAGAGGAGCCCGCUGCCAGACAGCGAGGGCACGCCGGGCCGCAGGAUCAACGCUCAGCAGAAGAAGCAGCGACAAAUACAAAAUUCACUCGUCAUGAGCGAUACAAUGGACCCACCUAUGAUGGAUCUUGCUCCAAACACCGACGAUGGCAUAGCUGUUUCUUCUGCCGCCGGCUCGGAUGCUCACAAUCAGUAUGGCCUCCUGCUAGAUCAGGUCAUAUCCUCGAAUAAUCUAAGCCUUGAUCCGAGCUUAUCAAUGAUUCAGUUCGGAGGAACUACCCCAGCCAUCUAUUCAUCGCCUGCAUCACAGGAAGCCUCUGACGCCCACCUUCACUCUGAGCAGACCACCGGGGCGAGCACUGCCAUUACGACUGGCUCUCCCAACUUGCAAUGGAGCAGCAAUAAUAACGAAUGCGUUAUUGACCCAGCCACCGAAGCAAACUGGCGGCAAGUCUUCAACCGCGAGUGGGAAUUGCUGUCGUGCCAACAGCCAGCAACUGGGAAUGACAUCUCCGCCACAUCAACAGUUAACGGCUCAUGUGAGGAUAAACCAAAGGGCCGGUGUAUAUUGGAUACCAUUCGACAAUUGUCCCAACUCCACGUUGAAUUGUUUGCUCAUGGCGCGACCGUGCCAAAGCCCCCUACCUCCAUUUCGCAACCGCUCAGCUGGAAGGAUAAGGAUUUCGCCAUCGAUCGUACCUUUCAGCUGUCGCAACGACUUAUCGACAUCCUCAACGCCCAGUACCCUCGCUUCUUGGAAACGGCUUCUAUGAUCGGGUCCGAUGCGGCUUCCUCCCCCGAUGCGACAGCCCCACCCGAAGAAGAGUCCAAAAUUGAUGAAGGCUCUUGUCUCCUUAUUCUUUCCUGCUAUCUUCGUCUCGUCGUGGUGUAUGACAACAUAUUCGGAAACAUGCAAGCAUGCUUGGAUCGCUCUUCUGUCACAGCUCGAGAAGACUAUGUUAAUCUCCCGGGAAUCAAAGUUGGCUCCUUCACGCUGCCGCAUUCAUCUGCUCUUCAGAUCGUGCUCAUUUUACAGCUGGCGAGGAAUCUUCUUUCUAGAAUAGGCGAGAUCCUCAAGGCAGCAGGCUUUGACACCUCAACACACGAUGAUGACGGCGUACAACGAGUCCGAUCAACAGAAGACAUGACGAAUCUCUUACUCUCAAGUGCUAUAAAGACCGUGGCUUCUCAAGAGAGCACUUUAAUGGAACGGAUCACAAAACUGCGGAAUACACUCAUCUCACUCAACAUACUCUGA